AAUUAUCCUUUCGUUAUCAAAAAGAACAUUAAUAUUUUUGUAAAAUUAUUCAUCCUAUUAGUGUGACUCAUCAUCAUCCGCUUGUACGUGAAUCGUCGUAAUACCUUUAAUGAGUAUCACGAGGAAACUUCGUCGAAAUUACGAAUGAGGAUAAAAUCUAGAAUUUCUACGAACGUGGGCGAAUUCAGAAUCCUGUUCUGUGCGUUUCAAAGACGGAACGUCAAGAUGAUCCACUUGCGGUGGUAGGAACGAUUACGGGAUCCUUUGUGGAUUAAUGAAAAAUAACGCUUUGACUCUGAUCGAAUAAACAUGGAAUCAUUAAAUCAAAAUCUUCGCGGCUUUGACACGAAUUCGAUGUCCACGUGGCCGCCGCACGUGACGAACAAUACAACUCAUGGUAGUAUCAUAGACGGCGAGCUUUCAAGAUUUCCAAGGCCUUUAAGAACAUUUGCCGCGAUCGUAGCUAUACUCAUUAUGAUCACGGGUCUAGCCGGUAAUCUUCUUACCAUCGUGGCCCUUUGCAAAUAUCCUAAAGUUCGUAACGUCGCAGCAGCCUUCAUAAUAAGCCUUUGCUUGGCAGAUUUUGUGUUUUGUUCGUUGGUGUUACCCUUCGAUUCUAUCAGAUUUGUCGAUGCAAGUUGGGCGGACAUUCGAUCCUUAUGCGUCCUCGUACCGUUCUUGAGAUAUGGAAAUGUUGGAGUCAGUCUUUUAUCCGUAGCAGCUAUCACCAUUAACAGAUAUAUCAUGAUAGCUCAUCACGGAAUAUAUAGUAAGAUUUAUAAAAAACAUUGGAUCGCUGCGAUGAUCAUCUUUUGCUGGCUGUUCGCCUACGUGAUGCAAGUACCAACGUUGUUAGGCAUUUGGGGAAAGUUUGAUUACGAUAUGUAUCUAGAAACAUGUUCGAUAGUGAAAGAUGAUCAAGGCCAUACUUCAAAGAGGUUCCUGUUCGCUACGGGUUUUGUGAUACCGUGCGUAGUUAUCGUCGGUUGUUACGCGAAAAUAUUCUGGGUCGUUCACAGUUCCGAAUCGAGGAUGCGAAAACAUGCAACGCCGACAAUAAAAUCACCACACACACCUGGUAGAGAUACCAGAGAGAUCAAACAGAGACGUAGCGAAUGGAGAAUCACGAAGAUGGUACUCGCUAUCUUUCUCAGUUUUCUAGUCUGUUAUCUACCAAUCACUAUCGUAAAGAUGGUCGACGUUAAUGUUAAAUAUCCAGGUUUCCACGUUCUUGGGUAUCUUCUUCUAUACUUCGCUUCCUGCGUGAAUCCGAUAAUCUACGUUAUCAUGAAUAAGCAAUACAGACAAGCAUACGCUGGGGUGAUUGGGUGUUCGAGGAUAAGGGCGAGUCUAACACCUUUCGGGAGCAGUGCGCCCGGUCAGCACCAGCAAGACUUCGGCCAAGGUAACUUCGAGCACCGUCGCGUGGUAACGCUCUCCAAGCUCUGACCGAACACGAGCUAAGCGACCACUCGCUCACUUCAUUACUCGAAGACUAUGGUAUCGACCGUUUCUAUUGCCAUGAGUCCUGUCAAAAAUAACCAGUUGGAAGAAGCUCUGUAGAAUGGUCGAUUAAAGAAACCAAAAGGAUCUCUGAAAGAGAUCAAGAUCCUAAUCAAAAGACAAAGGAAACAGAAAGCUGUUGAAGACAAGUUUUAUACAAGUGUGGUUGUGUGUCUAAUGCAAUCCUAAAAGACAAAAACUAAUAUAAAUUGUUCGUCGACUGAAAAGGACAAAUCGUCCCGAAGGACUAUUCAAUCGAAAUCGAUUACGCGUAUUUAUAGCAUCGACACUAUACAAACGAGUUAGUUUGACGAUGCGCGAUUUCAUUGCGCAAUACCAUUGAAUUACCAAAGUAAAACCGCGUAAAGAUUAAGAAAUAUGUAAAUACGCAAUUACGUUCAUACGUAUUGAUAGAUUGUGGCGAUAAUAAUUUAAUGAUAAUAAAAGAGCUAGUCGAAAAUUA